GGGAGUUUGCCGUCUGUCUUUCCCGGGGCGUACUGCCACAGACUACCCAGCCAUCCAAAAUACACACACGCAGUGCACGAAGAGUUCAAGAGCGCUUUUCAGUUUAACUAACGUUACAGGGAGUGGAAAUAUCUGCAGGAAGACCUCAUUUUAUCCAUCCACUUUCCUUUUGGUCGGGUUGAAGUUGUGCCAAGUGUCAUACUUUUGGUCGUUUUUUUGUGUGUGUGUUUGCAACGGACAACUUUCUGAGACACUGCUAUUCAUGUGGUGCACUUGCACGCGAGAAGAGACGAAGUCAGCGAGCGAGCAGGUUGCAGAAAAGCACAAAGUGAAAACACUACAAGAUGACUCCACACAGUAUGAAGAAAGAGGACUCUGGCAAUCAGACCUGGAAUGAGGUUGGGGCUAUGUUCUGCUUGUCUGGCAGUAAUUAUGGAGGCAAAGGGAAGAAGUUUAUGGCUCUAUUCCAUCCGGAGGUCACACUGUUUGGACUGAUUUUGUUGGCCAUCCUCCCUGUUGGAGCAAGCAUCAAACAGAGUGUCCCCAGGGUCAAACUCAGCCAUAGAGAACUGCUGAAGGUGGGCAGUGUAUCUCUGUUUUUGAGCCCCUCCAAUGGCCUUCAUUCGCAGUCGCUGUUGUUGGAUGAAGAGAGGGGUCGUCUUCUGUUGGGAGCCAGGGACCACAUCUACUUGCUUGACCCUGACAAUCUGGCUGAAUCCCCUACAAAGAUUCACUGGCCUGCUCUGAAGGAAAACGUGGAAAUGUGCAAACUGGCUGGCAAAAAUGAAAAUCUGGAAUGUGCAAAUUUUAUCAGGGUCCUUCACAAUUACAACCGAACACAUGUCUAUGCCUGUGGGACAGGGGCCUUCCACCCCACUUGUGCAUUCAUUGAAAUCACUGGCCACAAAAAGGAUGGCGUUUUGAAGCUGCUGUCUAAUACAGAGGAGUCUGGCAGGUUGAAAUGUCCUUUUGAUCCCUUGCAGCCAUUUACAUCAGUCCUCACAGAUCAGUACCUGUAUGCGGGCACAUCUUCAGACUUCCUGGGCAAAGAUACAACGUUCACACGCUCCCUAGGCCCUCCUCCUGACCAACACUACAUACGCACAGACAUCUCUGAAGACUACUGGAUCAAUGAGGCCAGGUUUAUAGCUGCCCAUCCCAUUGCAGACACCUACAAUCCAGAUGAUGAUAAAGUAUACUUUUUCUUCCGCGAGGUGUCCUGGGAAGGCAACGACAAAAGCAUCCUCUCCCGAGUGGCUCGUGUGUGCAAGAAUGAUGUGGGUGGGCUGAGGAGUCUGACCAAUAAAUGGACAACCUUCCUCAAAGCCAGACUUGUGUGUUCCAUCCCUGGGCCAGAUGGCGUGGACACACACUUUGAUCAGCUCCAGGAUGUCUUUCUACUCCCAACCAGAGAUGACAAAAACCCCAUAGUGUAUGCAGUCUUCACAACCUCUAGUUCCAUUUUCCGUGGCUCAGCAGUGUGUGUUUAUAGCAUGGCAGACAUAAGGGCUGUGUUUAAUGGACCUUAUGCCCACAAGGAGGGGCCUGACCACCGCUGGGUAGAAUAUGAGGGGAGGAUACCAUAUCCCCGUCCUGGAACGUGCCCAAGCAAAACAUAUGAUCCAAAGAUCAAGACCACUAAAGACUUCCCGGAUGAAGUUGUCAGAUUUAUUCGAUUCCACCCUCUGAUGUAUCACUCUGUCUACCCUCUCACUGGUCGUCCUGUGUUCACACGUGUCAAAGUUGACUACACCUUGACUCACAUUGUGGUGGACAGAGUUUUGGCAGAUGAUGGCCAGUAUGAGGUUAUGUUCGUGGGAACAGAUGUUGGCUCCAUUCUUAAGGUAGUGAGCAUCACUCAAGAAAACUGGUCAACAGAGGAAGUGGUUCUUGAAGAGCUUCAAGUGUUCCAGAAUCCCUCGCCUAUCCUUAGUUUGGAGAUCUCGUCUAAACAGCAACAGCUCUACAUGGGUUCAAGUGAGGGUCUAGCCCAGGUUUCACUCAGCAGAUGCCACCUAUAUGGCCAGGCUUGUGCUGAAUGCUGCCUGGCACGAGAUCCCUACUGUGCCUGGGAUGGACACACAUGCGCACGAUAUAUCCCUGCCUCUAAGAGGCGAGCUAGAAGACAGGACAUCAAGAAUGGAGACCCUGCCAUGCAGUGCUGGGACACAGAAGACAGUCUUGGUACUGGGAGUGUGGAGGAGAAAAUUCUCUUUGGGGUGCAGAGCAACUCCACAUUUUUCGAGUGUAUCCCCAAAUCUCAGCAGGCCCGGAUUCGAUGGUACAUGCAAAGACUGGAAUCUGAACGCAGAGAGGAGGUCAGAUUUGAUGAUCGAGUAAUUCACACGGAAAGAGGUCUCCUAAUUCGCUCCCUUCAUGCUUCUGAUGCCGGUGUGUAUAUCUGUGUAGCUCAAGAGCACACACACUUCACCCAUACUCUCCUCCGUGUCACUCUACAAGUUGUUACAAAUGGACAGCUAGACAGAAAAGCCAAGCCGAGUGACGACUCUGCCGGGGGGCUACACCAUGGAACAGAGGCACGUCAGCGAUAUAAAGACUACCUGAGAGCGAUGAGCUCUCCCUUCAGCUCUCUAGAAGAGUACUGCGAUGCACUGUGGCUGGAUAAGAGGCCGUUGAGGGUUCGAGGGCGAGGCUUAGGAAAUGGCAAAUGGAAACACAUCCAGGAAAUGAAGAAAAGCCGGAACAGGAGACACCACAGAGAGAAUGUGGAAAAGAAAGAACAUCAGAAGCAAGGGAGGGUAGUGAGGACAGCAGAACAAUAGGCGACAGGAUAUAGAAACAUUAAGGAUGUUUAUAUUAACUGGUUUAAGGAUCAAGCUAAUGUGACUCAGAACUGUGAAACUGCAGUGUCAGAUGAGCAAGUAAACUUUAACUCUUAAAGUGACAUGAAAGACGAUCAGUGAAAUAUGCAGUGCAAAAAUGCAAUAUACUUAGCAAGCAACUUGAAGUAGUAGAGGUAUGUUACAGGAAAACGCACAGUUAACUUUGUAAAUAAAUUAUCCAUUGAUAUCACUCAAGCCUCCGUAGUUUGACAGACUGCUGUUGCUCGUUUUACUCCAAAGUUUCAUAGGGCUAAUAUUCCAUUUGGUCACUUAAUGACAUUAAAAGUUAGGAUUUGUAAUAUUGGAAUUAAGAUGAUGCCAUUACUUUCAUUAUGUAUGACUGUAAAUAUUGAUAUGACAUGUACAGGAGACAUAGCAUGCUAAGUUUAGUCUUAUUACUGACCUAUAACAGUAAUCAU